CUCUUCCAAUGAGUCAGCAUCAGUGCAAGACUGCAGGUCUGAUAAUAAACGCUGCUUCUCAUCACUGCCUUGGCCUCAAUCUCUCGCUCUAAAAAGAAGAGGAUUUUAUUUGUUCACACCCUGAAUAUUUAAACGUUUUUCAAAAACAAAACAUGGAUCAGUUUCGUGGCUUGUUCGUCAAACUGGACCAGGACAACGAUGGAUUCAUAUCAGUGGCAGAGCUCCACAACGAAAUGAGGAAGCAUGGGAUCAGCAUUACAGACGACAAGGUCCAGAAUAUCGUUGACUCUUAUGACAAAGACAAAAAUGGCCUUUUGGAUUACAAAGAGUUCCUCAGCUACAUGACGGACAGAGAAAGGAAAUGGAAAAUUUACUUUCAUGACCUUGACAAGAACAAGUGUGGGGUGAUUGACCAGGAGGACAUCAUAUGUUUGUUUAAGGAGUUAGGAGUGGUCAUUUCAAAGACGAAUGCAAUAAAAAUAAUACAAAUGAUGGAUAAAGACAGUUCUAUGACGGUGGACUGGGGUGAAUUCCUGCACCAUGUCAUCCUCAAUCCUGUGGACAACAUCAGGGAGCUGGUGACCUCAUGGAAACACCAGCUGGUUUUUGACGUCGGGGAGAGUCGUGCGAUGCCUCUUGAAUUCCCUGAAGAGGCGUCUGGGUUUGGAGUUUGGAGGACGUUUGUUCUGGCAGCAGGACUCGCUGACGCUGUGUCGCGGACUGUGACAGCACCCAUCGACCGCCUCAAGACCCAGCUCCAGGUCCAUGGAUCUAAGGCCUUCUCCCAGGGCUUCCAGGAGAUGAGAGCAGGUGGAAUGAAGUCAAUGUGGCAAGGCAACGCUGUAAAUGUGCUGAAAGGAACCCCACAGUCGACACUACAGUGUCUCAUCUAUGCCCAGAUGAAGAUGUACACCCAAAGCAGAACUCAGCAGACUCUCACGGUUCAGCAGCGUUUUGGGCUGGGCUGCAUCUCUGGCACCGUAGCUCACGCUGCCUUCUACCCUUUAGAGGUAUUGAAGGUGAGACUGAACCUGCAGCAGGUUGGAACAUACAACGGAGUUGUGGCUUGCGCCCGAUCCAUUUACAGAAAUGAGACUCUGUCCUCGUUUUACAGAGGAUUCAAACCGAGCAUCCUCUGUAUGAUUCCCUAUGCGGGUGUGGAGUGUGCAGUUCACCAGUCGAUUAUGAACUGGGCACAUAGUGAUCCGGCCUACAACAGUGACUCCAAACUGUUCUUCUUCAGUUUUGUAGCCUUUGCCUCUGGACAGACGACCAGUUACCCACUGGCAGUUAUCCGUACUCAGCAGCAAGCACAGGCUUUCAUCUCAGAUUCACGUCCAGCUUCGGGCGUUUUACAAGGACUCAUUGGGAUAUAUGAAAGACAUGGACUUAAAGGAUAUUAUAGUGGCAUGGGAGCCAGCUUUGUCAGGGCUGUUCCAUGUGCCUUGAUGAACUACACUCUAACUAGGAAAUUUGAAAAUGUGUUUUCUUCCAUGGAGUCUUGAGAUUUUAGCAAAGAGGUUGCUGUCUUUACAUGCUGAGCUGGACGUGUGUUAGCAUGUGAUACAGCCUUUAAUGCUAAUGAACUGUUUAAACUAAAACUAUGAGAUCCGGCGCAUUAUAAAUUCGAUGAACCUCAUUGAGUACUAAGGCAAGACUGACUUGACUUUAUAAUGUGAAGCGUAAUGACUACUCGCAUGUUUAUAA